AUGGGGCUCUUAGAUGAUGACAAUGAAUAUGUUGAGGCCAUUAAAGAAGCAAGUUUUGAAGGACAUGCUGGGUAUCUGCGAGCGUUAUUUGCUACCUUGCUGUUGUCAAAUACACUUUCACGGCCAGAGUUUGUUUGGGAGAACACGUGGAAAUACUUAGCAGAUGAUAUUUUAUACAGACGUAAAAAAGAAACAAAUAUUCAAGGUUUACUUCUUCCUGAACAUCAAAUUAAAAACCUUACUUUGUUGGAAAUUGAAAAAUAUUUACUUUCGAAUGGUUCGUCGUUACGAGGAUUUAACACGAUGCCUUUCCCUGAUGAUGAUUCGUUACGUGAUGCUACUAAUCAUGAACAACGAUCUGUUUUUGACGAAAUAAUGUCAGCAGUUGCAAGCCGUAAAGGAGGGUUAUUUUUCGUCUAUGGUUACGGUGGAACUGGAAAAACGUUUUUAUGGAAGACUUUGUCUUCAGCAGUUCGAUGUAGAGGUGAGAUAGUUUUAAAUGUUGCUUCAAGUGGCAUUGCUUCGUUAUUACUUUCUCGUGGAAGGACAGCCCAUUCUCGCUUCCAUAUCCCAAUUAAUCUGACUGAAGAUUCCAUGUGUCAUAUUAAGCCAAAUAGUGAUAUCACGAAAUUAUUAAAGGAAACUCAAUUGAUCAUAUGGGAUGAAGCACCGAUGGUCCAUAAACAUGCCUUUGAAGCUUUAGAUAGGACGAUGUCUGACGUAUUUUCUGACGGUAGGAGUAUUCGUUCUGAUGUUCCGUUUGGAGGGAAAGUUUUUGUAUUCGGCGGUGACUUUAGACAAAUCCUACCAGUUAUUCCUAAUGGUACUAGACAACAAAUAGUUUGUGCUUCUUUAAGCUCUUCAUAUAUAUGGUCAAAGUGCAAAUUGUUAAGGUUGACUAAAAACAUGCGCCUAACAAUUGGAGCUGAAAGUUCUGAUAUGGAGUCUAUCAGGGAGUUUGCGAAAUGGCUGCUUGAUAUUGGUGAAGGUAAGUUGGGAGAUGAUAACGAUGGUGAAGCAAUUAUUCAGAUACCAGAUGAUCUAUUAAUCACCGAUAAUUCUGAUCCAAUACAAAGCUUAAUUAACUUCGUCUACCCUUCAAUUAUGGAACAAUUUCGGAAUCCUGGUGAUGCUAAAGAGUAUUUGAGUUCCGAUAGCAUAUGUCAAACUGAACAAAUGCUUGAUUCAUUUCAAGAAGGUUUAUACUCAACGGAGAACUUAAAUGCUCUUAAGAUUUCAGGCUUGCCUAAUCAUAGAUUAGUUCUUAAAGUUGGUGUUCCUGUCAUGCUUCUCCGAAACAUCGAUCAACAAAAAGGUUUAUGUAACGGUACAAGGCUAAGAAUUACUUUUCUAGGCAAACGGGUAAUAGAAGCUGAAGUGAUAUCCGGCGGUAAUAUCGGCACAAGAGUUUUUAUUCCAAGACUUAAUAUGAUUCCGUCAGACAAAAAAAUACCAUUCGAAUUCCAACGAAGACAAUUUCCUUUAUCAGUUUGUUUUGCCAUGACAAUUAACAAGAGUCAAGGACAAUCCUUAUCAAAAGUUGGUCUGUAUUUGAAAGAUCCUGUGUUCACUCAUGGUCAGUUGUACGUUGCAUUAUCAAGGGUCAAGACCAGAGAAGGAGUUAAAAUAUUGAUAUUUGAUGCCGAGGGAAAACCAACAAAUAAGACGUCUAAUGUCGUCUAUAAAGAAGUCUUUGGUAGCUUAUAA